CUCGAUCCCUAUAAAAAGAUGACCGCCAGUUAAGAAGGAUACAUUCCCGCCAGUUUAGCGACGCGAGUGGGAUUAAAAUGUCUCCAAUUACAAGUUGUGCUUUCUUCGCUCUGUGCGCAUUAUUAUGCGCAUCUCAGCCCGUGGAAAAGUUGCCAGUAUUAAGGCAACUCCCGUCUGAAGUGGUGUUCGCAGACCACAAGGAAUUGCUGCUUGAGUGCGCUACUGAGGGCAAAGAAGAGGGUGUCAAAUACAAAUGGACCAAAGACGGCAAACCUCUCACCUCAAACACAAAAGUUGACCAACGCGGUGAUGAGGGCACCCUUAUCUUCAAGAACCCUAGCAAGGACGACGAAGGUGCUUACCAAUGUUACGCGGAAUCUCCUCUAGGGGUCGCCACUUCGAGACUCGUACACGUGCGACGCGCCCAUAUCGACGUCCCGAGCGUGAACGUCCAAAAACAUAAACCAGUAGAAGGCAAAACUUACAAGUUGGAAUGCAAGAUACCCAAUUCGUAUCCGAAACCAGAAAUCUCUUGGAUUCUGCAAACUGAGAAGUCAAAGGGUGAUGUUAAAGGAGAAAGGUUCACAAUCUCCGACGAAGGUGACCUUUACAUAUCGAGUGUUGCGAAGGAAGAUACCGGGAACAUGCAAUACAUUUGCGUGGGCAAGUCACCAGCUGUGGACUCCGAGGUUGUUCUGGCCAAACACGUGCUCGAGGACGUCGUACCCAGCAAGGAAGCAAACCAUGAGAUGGUCCAGCAAUAUGUGACCAAGGACACCACUUUGAAAGCCGGCGAGAGUGUUUAUUUGUACUGCAUCUAUGGAGGAAUUCCCCUCGGACAUCCCGACUGGUUCAAAGACGGUGUCGACAUCAACAACAACUCUAAGGACCGUGUCACGCGGUACAACAAGAGUGUCGGCAAGCGGUUGAUCAUCAAAGAAGUUUUGCUCGAGGACGAAGGCUCUUACUCAUGCGUUAUAGAUAACGAGGUCGGAAAAGUGCAGAAGCACACAUUCCAAGUCAAAGUUGUCAGUGCACCGCAAUUCGUGAAGCAACCCGUCCAAAAAUUGAUCGUCAAACAAGGCCAAGACGUCACAAUACCCUGCCAAGUGCGAGCGGUCCCUGAAGCAAAACUCGCAUGGAGCUUCAACAGCGACAAACUUCCCGAGAGACUUCAAGCCCAUACGUCAUCCCAGGGGAACGUAGCUGUAUCAGACCUGGUCAUCAAGGGUGUGCAGAAAUCUGACAGUGGCUACUACGGCUGCAGGGCACAGAACGAAUAUGGCGAUGUUUACGCCGAAACCUUGGUUUACGUACAGUAAAUCGACGGUUUACGACAUCAUCUUAGAUUGAAAUGUCAUAAUAAAUUACUGUAAUAUACCUAAGUACUAA